AUGUCUCAGAGCAAUAUCACCAUCAUCACUGAGAUUCAUCUUCUUGGUUUUUACAAUCUUUAUCAUCUCAACAUUUUUCUUUUUAUUAUUUUUUUCAUGAUUUACUACCUUACAACAAGUGGAAACUUGCUCCUCAUAGUUGUAGUAGCCAAGAUCAGAAAUCUGCACUCUCCGAUGUACAUUUUUCUCACUCAGCUCUCCAUAUCGGACAUAAUAAUGGCCAACAGCAUUUGCCCGAGUUUGCUUCAUGUGUUGGUGGACCAACAAACCACAAUCACCUUUACAGGCUGCCUAGCUCAGUUUUACUUUUUCAGUGCCUCUUUGGCCCUUGAAUCUCUCCUUUUGACUGUGAUGUCCUAUGACCGAUAUCUUGCUAUUUGUAACCCUCUACGAUACAACGCUAUUAUGAAUUAUAUAUUUUGUUUAAAACUAAUUUUAUUUUCAUGGCUAUUGAGCUUUUCUGUGAUUUUAAAUCAUGUCCUAGCAAUUUCUAAUUUACAAUUCUGUGGCUCUAAUGUUAUUGAUCAUUUCUUCUGUGACCUGUCUCCUCUGUUGGAGCUUUCUUGUUCAGACACAAAUCUUGUACAGACCGAAGUUACAAUACUCACUAUUCCGAUGGCUGUGAUCCCAUUUCUAUUGAUCAUUGCAUCAUAUUGCUAUAUUAUUGGCACUAUCUUAAGAAUCCCUUCAGUCACCGGAAGAAAAAAAGCCUUCUCCACUUGCAGCUCCCAUCUUGGAGUUGUAUCUCUAUAUUAUGGAACUCUUCUUUGUACAUAUGUGGCUCCAACACGGGGGCAGUCAUUAAUUGUCAGCAAAGUACUGUCCCUUCUGUAUACUGUCGUGACUCCAUUGAUUAACCCUCUUAUAUAUAGUUUUAGGAAUAAUGAUAUUCAAGAAGCUUUUCAUAAAAUGUGCAGCAUGCAUUGA